AAAACGGUACUGCCCUUCGUGAGCACAGUGCCCUCCAAGCUUCGCCAUCCCUGCCCCACCCGACUGGAGCACUGCCAGCCCCCCUUCAGCUUUCACCACGUGCUAUCCCUGACGGGGGAUGCCAAGGCCUUCGAGCGGGAGGUGGGGCGCCAGAGUGUGUCUGGCAACCUGGACUCACCUGAAGGUGGCUUUGAUGCCAUUCUACAGGCUGCACUCUGCCAGGAGCAGAUUGGCUGGAGAAAUGUGUCUCGGCUGCUGGUGUUCACUUCAGACGACACGUUCCACACAGCUGGGGAUGGAAAGUUGGGUGGCAUCUUCAUGCCCAGUGAUGGGCAUUGCCACUUGGACAGCAAUGGCCUCUAUAGUCGCAGCCCAGAGUUUGACUACCCCUCUGUGGGUCAGGUAGCCCAGGCUCUCUCUGCAGCAAACAUCCAGCCCAUUUUUGCUGUCACCAGUGCCACACUGCCCGUCUACCAGGAGCUGAGUAAGCUGAUCCCUAAGUCCGCAGUGGGGGAGCUGAGUGAGAACUCCAGCAAUGUGGUGCAGCUCAUCAUGGACGCUUAUAAUAGUCUGUCAUCCACUGUGACCCUCGAACACUCUCCACUCCCUCCGGGGGUCCACAUCUCUUAUGAAUCUCAGUGUGGGGGUCAUGAGAAGAGGGCUGGUGAGCCUGGGGACCGGGGCCAGUGCAACCAUGUCCGAAUCAACCAGACGGUGAAUUUUUUGGUUACUUUCCAAGCUACCCGCUGCCUCCCAGGGCCCCAUUUUCUGAAGUUCCGAGCUCUUGGCUUCUCAGAGGAGCUGACUGUGGAGUUGCACACACUGUGCGAUUGCAACUGCAAUGACACCCAGCUCCCAGCGCCCCACUGCAGUGACCACGGGCACCUACAAUGCGGGGUGUGCAGCUGUGACCCAGGCCGCCUGGGUCGACUCUGUGAGUGCUCUGAGUCUGAGCUGUCCUCCCCAGAUCUGGAAUCUGGGUGCCGGGGCCCCAAUGGGACAGGGCCCCUGUGCAGCGGGAAGGGACGAUGCCAGUGUGGACACUGCAGCUGCAGCGGACAGAGCUCUGGGCGCCUGUGCGAGUGUGACGAUGCCAGCUGUGAGCGACACGAGGGCGUCCUCUGUGGAGGCUUUGGCCUCUGCCAAUGUGGAGUGUGUCACUGUCACGCCAACCGCACGGGCAGAGCGUGUGAGUGCAGUGGGGACAUGGAUGGCUGCGUCGGUCCUGAGGGAAGGCUCUGCAGUGGGCAUGGACAUUGCAAAUGCAACCGCUGCCAGUGCUUGGACGGCUACUACGGUGCCCUAUGUGAUCAGUGCCCAGGCUGCAAGACACCAUGCGAGAGACACAGGGACUGUGCAGAGUGUGGGGCCUUUGGGACUGGUGUCCUGGCCACCAAUUGCAGCAUGGCUUGUGCCCAUACCAACGUGACUCUGGCUCUGGCCCCUGUGCUGGAUGAUGGCUGGUGCAAAGAGAGGACCCUGGACAACCAGCUGUUCUUCUUCCUGGUGGAGGAGGAAGCCGGAGGCAGGGUCGUGCUGAGAGUGAGACCCCAAGAGAAGGGAGCAGACCACACCCAGGCCAUUGUGCUAGGCUGUGUGGGGGGCAUUGUGGCAGUGGGACUGGUGCUGGUCCUGGCUUACCGGCUCUCCGUGGAAAUCUAUGACCGCCGAGAAUACAAGCGCUUUGAGAAGGAGCGGCAGCAGCCCAACUGGAAGCAGGACAGAAAUCCUCUCUACAAAAGCGCUGUCACGACCAUCAUUAACCCCCGCUUUCAAGCUCCAGAAAGUCCUCUCUGAAGAGGGUAGGGCUACUCACUCCAGAGUUCUUCUUGCUGGGGGGAUGGUGGGAAUUGGGGCUCUGGGUCUAUCAGGCAGCAGCCUGCUGGGGGACUAAUCACCGCCUACUGUACUUGGACACCCCAGAGGCCGGCCUCCUGCCGCACCCUUGCUUCCCCACCCCUCAAGAAGUGGGGGUUGCCCCAUCCACAAAUACAAUAAAGAAUCUUCAGAUUACAGAUCACUUUAACAAA